AUGCCCAGAACACAUGGAAGGAGCAGAAAGUCCGGUCGAGACAUGAGAGCCCUCAUCCUCAGCAUCCUCAGACGGCUCUUCAAGCCGAUCGCAGCGAUACUCAAAUUCAUAAAACGGAGACUCAUGCGAUCGAGUCAAGAAGCUCCUCAGAGAAACGACCAUUCCAAUUCUGCUAUGACGCCAAUUUCGGAAAAGAGAAGCAACAGUGUUGAACCUGACCAAACAUCAGUUAUGUUCCAUCUGGUAGACAAAGUCGGCAUUGGCCCCUGCAUGCCGAACUACACCCCAGCAUCGGCGGUCUUCGUUCUUCUUUACAAAUCUGAGGCCCCUCCGCGCAAUCAUGGCCCUUUCCCGGUUCUCCGACUUCGUCUAACAGAGCCCAACGAGGAAUGUCUCAUCUGCCGCGAGCGAGAGAUUUCCAGAGAGUUUAUCGAUCUCCACUGUGGGCACAGAUUCAUGACGGCUUGCAUACGCAAAUCCAUGAAAAUACAGGGUGUGAACAUGGUAUGCCCCUUGUGCUGUCGGCCCGUCAGACACUAUAGCAAAUGCCAGCACCUGGUGGAUCCCUCUCUCCUCGACAGCACCGCCGAGAGCCGCGGAGAACUCGUCGAAGGAACCCCCCUCCUCAGUUCCUGCCCAAGCUGCCGAGAGGCAGACAGAGCACGCCGUCGUCGGAAAUUCGCAAUGUCAGUCACCCCCGAACGCCCCAGACCGGACUGGGAACGGCUAAGAGCCAUCAGCGACCUGACGCCGGAGCUGAAGUUGAUGCUAGAGGGAAACUAUUACGCAGAAGAGAGCUUCCUGAGGGUGAAGAAUUACCUCGAGAUGCAGCUGCAGCAGGACAAGGCGCACGUGCAAAGCAUGGAAGCUGCUGAGGUCAAGGAGAGACCUUACUUUAAGGCUAGGCAUUAUCCGACGUGGUUGCACCUACAGAGGAUGCGGUUCAAGAUUUCCGAGGUUGAGAGGUUGCAGAGGGAGGCUGACAGUGGGAAGUUGCUUCCAAUAUUUCAUCCGGACAACGUGGGGUUGGGAAAAUCUAAGUGA